AUGGAUACCCUACUCUGUUUACCAUCAAGCUACAUCAUGGUUGGAGAGUUCACAAAGUUUCCAGAUGUGAACUACAUUGAUGGAACUGUGACAUAUGUUGACAUGGUCGAUAUAGAAGAGUUUUCUGUUCAUGAAAUGGAUGCCAUCAUGAAAGGGUUAGGAUACUCGGUUCCCCCAGUUAUCUAUUAUCAUUUUCGGUUGCCCAAAGGAGACAUGCAUUUUGGACUACGUGCCCUAGGAAACGAUGAUGAUGUUCGUAAUCUUGCCCAAUAUGUGAAGGAGCAUAAAGUCAUAAGGAUGUACACUGAACACGGUUUUACAAAAUUGCUUACUUACUUUAUGGCUCCUAAACCUGUUAAAAAGGUCACUAUUGAGCAAUUAGAUGAAAUUGAGGAACAUGAAACCACCACAACUAAUAACCAAGCUAGUGAUAGGAAAAGGAGUUGGACCAAGGACAAAUCUUUGUCAUUAUCCCCUGUUUUACAUAAUGAAGGUGCUUUGUCAAUAUCCCCUGUUUUACAUAAUAAAGGUGCUUUCUCAUUAUCCCCUGAGUAUAAUAGGAAAAGGAGUUGGACCAAGGACAAAUCUUUGUCAUCAUGCAAUAAGAAAUUGGUCAUGGGUGAUGUUAGUGAAGCUAAUGUAGAUGGGGAUAAGGAUCAUGCACCUAAUGAUUUUGAUGAGGCAGCUAAUGAAUUUGAUCUUGGAUUGAACCAACAAAUUUUAGAAUCUAAUUCUGAAUUUGAUAAUGGAUUCAAUGAAGAGAAGGAAGGGGAUGAAGGGGAAGAGGUAGUUAAUGAAGUUAGUGCUAAUGUAGAUAUGAAGAAUUAUGAGAAGGAUGCUAGAGUUGAAGAUGAUGUAGAUAUGGGGGGUUAUCAGAUGGAUGCUGGAGUUGAAGAUGAAGUAGAUAUGGGGGGUUAUCAGAUGGAUACUGGAGUUGAAGAUGAAGUUACUCAUAAUGUAGCUGAGGAUGAAAGAAGUGAUAGGGAGGAUGAUAAUGGUGAAAGAAGUGAUGGGGAGGAUGAUAGUGAUGAAAGAAGUGAUGGGGAGGAGGAUAGUGAUGACAGUGACUUUUGGGUAGAUGAGGAUAACAUAAUUCCUGAAGUAGAGGUAGAUAUGAAGGAUCUUUACAUGAGUGUUGAUCUGGAAGCUGAAUUUAUGGAAAAGAGAGUAACAAAUCCCAUGCAUAAUGAUAGUGGUGAAGACCCUAAAGACCCUGAAGAUUUGGAUGUAAUUGAUAAUGACCGAUGGGAUUCAAUGGAUGAGGGUUCUGAUAUGGAAAGGAAAAGGAGAGUUUUAUUAAAAGAAUUAGGGAAGGAGACAAGGUGCUCUCAAGGGGAGAUACAUAAAGUUACUUUUAGGAUAGGACAAAAAUAUAAAAGUAAAAAGGAGUUAAAGGAAAAAAUACAAUUGCAUGCAUUGGAAACCAGGAGGAAUAUAUUCUUCAAGAAAAACAACAAAACAAGGUUAAGAGCUUUAUGCAAAGGGAUUGUAGCCUUUAAUGAGGGUGAUGUUGGUGAACCUACCCCUUGUCCUUGGGUGAUACAAGGUUCUAGAUCAAAUAAAGAUGGUAGUUGGAUGAUUAAAACAUAUAACCACGAACACAGAUGCUUGCAUACAAGAAAAGUGAGAUCUGCAACUGCAAAGUUCAUUGGGAAGCGAAUAAUGGAUCAGGUUGAAUUAAACCCAACAAUCCCUGUGAAAGCUUUAAAAGAGCAACUGCAAAAGGAAUAUCAAGUGGGUUUCUCUAUACAUCAGAUUUUCAGGGCUAAAUCUAAUGCAAAAAAACAAGUGCAAGGGGAUUACAAAAAACAGUAUGAGGUUCUCAGAGAUUAUAUCUUAGAGCUACAGUCUACCAAUCCAGAUACAACUGUGAAGUUAGAAUUUGAGUCUGAACCCAACUCCAAUGCCACCUCAAGAAGAUUUAAAAGAAUUUAUGUGUGUAUGGGUGGAAUGAAGAAAGGGUUUAGAGCUUGCCUGAGGGAUUUUCUUGGUUUUGAUGGGGCAUUUAUGAAGGGCCCUUUCCCAGGACAGAUAUUGACUGCAGUUGGGGUAGACUCAAACAAUGAAAUAUACCCCCUGGCUUAUGCCAUUGUUGAGUCUGAGAAUACUCAAAGCUGGAAAUGGUUUUGA